AUGAAGUUCACGAUGUUUUUCCUCUUCAUUUCACGCGACUUUGCGGCGACGGGCCUCUACACCCUCACGGCAGAUACUUUCAAGAUGUCCGAGACGACAACCAUCAUCGCAUACACAGAUCGCCCUCUCCAAGAGGCCGAGUACGGCAUGUCCCUGGGCCAGGUGACCAUCGACCGGCUGAUUGGCCAGGGAGGCCAGGCGGCAGUCUACUCUGGCCGGUGGGUCGGCGUGCCGGUGGCGGUCAAGGUGCCGCGACAUCUGCGCAAGAACCACGCGCUGCGCAAAGAGGCGAGCUUCCUCUCGCGGCUCCGCCACCCGUCGGUCUGCGCCCUCUACGGCCACACUCUGCUGCCCGACGGCUCGAGCGCGCUGCUCCUCGAGCUCCUGCCGUCCACCCUCGCCUCGCUCCUCGAGCAGCCGCAGCCCCUCCCCGCCUGCCUCGCCGGCCGCAUCGCCAGCGAGGUUGCGGCCGGCAUCGGCUUCCUCCACCGCAACAACGUCAUGCACCGCGACAUCAAGCCCUCCAACGUGCUCCUCGACGGGUCGGCGCACGCCAAGGCGCCCGAGGUGCGCUCCUCCUCCUCGCUGGUCCAGCGGUCCGCCUACAACGAGCAGUGCGACGUCUACUCGUACGGGAUGCUGCUCUGGCCUCUGAUGGCGGACGUCGCGGCGGACGCGCUGCGCUUGGCGGCGUCCGUUAACGCCCUCGGCUCUGCGGCAGCGAACGCCGUCUUCAUCUGUCCCGCGGCGGCACCGGAGGAGGCGGCGAUGCGAGAGGGCGCCCGCGAGACGGGGGCGGGCGAAGCGCCUCGGCUCAGACGUCGCGCUGCCCAGCCCCAGUACCACACCGGCCACGUACACCGUGGCGCUGGAGUCGGUCAGUGA